AGCAGGAAUGACUCACAGGCGCGGGAGCUCAGGUUCCCACAGGUGAGGCGACAGACUGCUUUUUCCGGGAAAACACCGAGGCGCUCUCUCCGCCAGGAGCGGCCUUGGCAGGGUGCUGGCGCGCUCCGUCUGCGCGGUCUGGUCUCUGGGGCCAGGCCUGGGUUUCCCUCAUGUAUGGCCAGAGCCCUACGCGUGCUGUGCUUUUUCUCCUUGGCGUACAGCUCACAGCUCUUUGGCCAGUAGCAGCUGUGGAAAUUUACACUCCCCGGGUGCUGGAGGCUGUCAAUGGGACAGAUGUCAGGUUAAAAUGCACUUUCUCCAGCUUUGCCCCAGUGGGUGAUGCUCUCACGGUGACCUGGAAUUUCCGUCCUCGAGAUGGGGGCCCUGAGCAGUUUGUUUUCUACUACCAUGUGGAUCCCUUCAAACCCAUGAGUGGGCGUUUCAAGGACCGAGUGGUCUGGGAUGGCAACCCUGAGCGGUAUGAUGUCUCCAUCCUCCUCUGGAAGCUGCAGUUUGAUGACAAUGGGACAUACACCUGUCAGGUGAAGAACCCACCUGAUGUUGAUGGACUGAUAGGGGAGAUCCAGCUCAGCGUCGUGCAGACUGAAAAGAAGAAGAAAAGCUCAACCAGGAAAAAAAGGCUUCUGUUUCUUUAGAAUGCACAGAUUAAC